GAGACGGAGUCUCGCUCUGUCGCCCAGGGUGGAGUGCAGUGGGGCGAUCUCGGUUCACUGCAAGCUCCGCCUCCCGGGUUCACGCCAUUCUCCUGCCUCAGCCUCCCAAGUAGCUAGGACUACAGGCGCCCGCCACUACGCCCGGCUAAUUUUUUUUUUUGUAUUUUUAGUAGCGACGGGGUUUCACCGUGUAAGCCAGGAUGGUCUCGAUCGCCUGACCUCGUGAUCCGCCCGCCUCGGCCUCCCAAAGUGCUGGGAUUACAGGCGUGAGCCACCGCGCCCGGCCAAACUGCGAAAUGUGGGUAUAAAUGUGACUCAAAGCUGGCCUGAGCUGGUGCUUUGUGCCUAUGAGGUGGCCCUGCUCUACAGGACCAGUCACGGCUGUGACAUCACCAAAGCUGUAACACUGCCUCUUCAAUAAGAUUGUUUUCUUCUACCUCCGGGUUGCCCUUGAAUUCUUUCCUGGGCAAAGCCAAGUUCCCUGGUUGCCUAAGCCCCACUUUGGGGCUCGCCUGCCCUGCAUCAGUUCAUACUCGCUGGACUCAUUUCUUUAUCCUUUUAUUCUUUUUACAUGCUCUCCUUCCUAGAUCAGUGUCUAAUCUAUACAGGUUUUUGAAACUUUAUGUAGUCUUUAGAAUUUUAUAACCUGCUCUUGCUUUUCAUAUUGUAUUAUUUUCUUAGUAUUUCAAAACACCUUUGAACAAGUCAGAAUUUCCUUUUUUUUCUCCUUUAAAAUUGAGUCUGAGUAACUCGUCUUGUGUUCAUUUUUUCUACAUUCUCUCAGCCUAUAUUCUCAUGAGUCCAUUUUGCUCUAUAUUCAUCUGGACAUUAGACUACUUUGCAAAUAUUACCAUUUCUGCCUAUUCUUUCUGUACUGCCUGAUUGUCAGCUCCCGGAAGACAAACACCCCAUCUUCCAUUUUGUCUGGAUUUCCCCCACUGAGCCUAGAAGAUUGACUUAACACUGACUAGUGUGCUGUGUGCUUCACGCGGUGGGUGCUUAAUAAAUAUUUUAAAACAGUAUUAAAAUGUUGAAUAAAUUUGACAGCAGUGCUGCUUCUCAUCACUUCAAAUGCCAACACUUUCUAGGUCCCUUUUCUAACAACCAUUUCCCAACAUACUUACGCGCCCCCAGAUGUUUCAGCCAAGCUGGGGCUCUCUUUUGAUCCAUCUUUCUUUGCCCGAGUUAUGGAAAUAUUGUUUACAUUUUUUCCCCUGAGGAGAAGGGGAACCCAAAGACCCUGCUGUGAAAUUUGAAGUUGCUUUUUCUCCUUGGUAAUUGGGGAGAAGGAAGGACAGUAGGGAUAGAGAAGGUUUUAUUUCCGAUUACUUCAGUUUUCGCCCCAGAUCGUCUUUUACAAUAAGAUACAAUGCCCCUAUGAGUAUUUUCAUACCUGUAAGGAUGUUUUUAAUUCUUUGCAUCUGAAGAGUGCUAAGGAUUUUAGGCAAGAGGUUUUAGUAUUUUAACUAAGAUAUUUUCUCAUGAGCUUUAUUCAGUAUCUCAUUUUCUUCCUGACCUUCUAUAGUCAGUCAGGCAACAUUUCUCUUAUAACAUCAUUUUUCCUGUUAAUCAUUAUUUCGUACUUGUGAAAAAUAAGCUUACACUUAAUGUUGUAUGAAUCUUGCAUGGUAAAGUACAGAAAAGCUUAUUCUCUUCUUCUUGGGUGGGGAAUUCUGUUUUGCAAAGCACUUUGUGAUCCAUUUGUUAGCUUAUUUAAUCCUCACAACAACUUUGCUAGGUGGACAGGAGUCAUUAUCUCCAGGAUAAGGAAAAGGAAACUCAGAGACUUUAAGUGACUUAUCCAAGGUGACACAGCACGGUUAGACCCACAAUGAAAACCCGGACUUCUGACUCCACAGCCAGUCCCACACAGCUCAACUUUACAUAAUAAGCCCUGGUUAUGUCAGUAGAGACAAGGCUGCUAGGAAGAAGCAGCAGGGUGACAGAUGAGUAGGUGGGGAGCGGCGGUGGGGCAGGGCGCACUGCGAGAAGAGCACUUCGCGCAUGCGCAUAUCACCGAGCGAACGCUGCCGUGUUCAGGAAGGUAGGAGAAAGAGGCCAAGCUCCAUGUUAACGUCAUCACCAACCUCUGCUAACGCGCAGGCGCACUUCCUGAAGCUGAAGGUCAGCAUAGGAAAAGGGCCUCAGAAUCGCGCAGGCGCAAUUGUGGCUUGGGUCGCCAAGAUGUCGUUCCCAAAGUAUAAGCCGUCGAGACUGAGUCCUCUGCCUGAGACCCUCGACCCAGCCGAAUACAACAUAUCUCCGGAAACCCGGCGGGCGCAAGCCGAGCGGUUGGCCAUAAGAGCCCAGCUGAAACGAGAGUACCUGCUUCAGUACAACGAUCCCAACCGCCGAGGGCUCAUCGAAAAUCCUGCCUUGCUUCGUUGGGCCUAUGCAAGAACAACAAAUGUCUAUCCUAAUUUCAGACCCACUCCUAAAAACUCACUCAUGGGAGCUCUGUGUGGAUUUGGGCCCCUCAUCUUCAUUUAUUAUAUUGUCAAAACUGAGAGGGAUAGGAAAGAAAAACUUAUCCAGGAAGGAAAAUUGGAUCGAACAUUUCAGCUCUCAUAUUAAGUCUGGCAAUGAUGACUAUAUGUAUUCCUGCCUAAAUAAAUCGUCUAUUAAUCAUUAA